AUGGCCAGCGCAUCUUGCCCGUUGCCUUGGGAGGCACCCCCGGCAAUUGGAAAUUGCCUCGCCGACCCCCAUAAAGGUGUCUCUGGGGGACCCCGCCUCCCUGCUCGAGGGCGCUCAAGAACUGAAUCAAACCUUCGCAUUGGGUACAUGCAUCAUCGUAAUAAGGAUGAGCCUGAUCAAACCGAGGAACCUACACAACUUCAAACCCUUGGAAACACCGUUUUUAACACCGUUUUUAACACCGUUUUUAACACCGUUGGGGAAACGCCGAUCAAUAAAAGAGAAGUGAAACAGCAGGAGAGAACCCAGAGAGAAUUGCUGGCUUGA